AUGAAGACCAGAAAGGGAAGCUGUCCACUGAAAGAACAGGAGAAGCCAUCAACUGAGACUGCCUUCUUCAUCGCCAUCGACUCCCUUUCUUCGUUAUCAACUGCGACUGUGAAGACUUUGCCAAAAACAUCAAGAGAAGAUUUUGAUUUAAUAUUUGCUGAGUUGGAUGACAGUAACGAUUUCACGAUCAAUUUGGAUGAAUUUUCUGAUCUUUGCAAUGCCAUUGGAUUAAGAUUUCAAAAGGAGGAUUCACCUUCCUGGUUCGAAACAUUUCCAACAUUCUACCAUGCACCCUUAUCUGAAAAGUUGAAAGACUUUGUUCGCAGCGGCAAGUUUGAAUACAUUGUAAUCUUCAUUCUCAUUAUGAAUCUAGUUGCCGUUAUUAUUGAAACAACGCCCUUUGACCACUGUGCUAAUCAAUUUGACUGUGUGGGUGAUACUAAUGGGGGUUGCAAAGGGAUAUGGCCAUGUUCCAAUCUCAUACCCGCCUUAGCUCCACUGUUGUAG